UGACAGUUUUCGCUCGCUUUUAUCAGGCUCUAUCGCAAAAUAUAAUCAUCAUCAUCGCUAGUUAGUUUUCUCGUUGGCAAACUAUUCCCAUUCGCGAGUGAAAAAAAAGGAACCAAUAUCGUAGCGUUUAAGCACCUUUUGUGUUUAGUGUGGAUCUGUCGAUUGUGCAUCUAGGUUUUUGUCCAUCCACGUCCACCUGUUUUUACACCAUCGCCGCUCGGUGCAUCCUACAAAGGGCGGGUUCGGUCGGUCACUUCGGGGGCUGCAAACUUGUGUGAGCGAUUGUGUUUUUGUGUGUUUCCUCACGUUAUCUAUCAGUCCCGGUUUCAUUCCUUCCGGUUUCGUGUGGAGAAAAAGUGUUAAACGACUGGCGGAAAGCGUUAUACACCUUCCGUUUGGUACAUCCGGUGUUCUGGAACGUCGCAAACAUCAUUAGUGUGGGAUAAGAGCAGAAGCAGGAAAAAAGAGCAUCGGUCGAAAGAAAACAAGAGCGAGUCAAGUUUCAGCCCAUUCGUUUCAAUCUGCCCGACCGAUCCCCAGCCCUCGCGGCCUAUCAUUCGCGACCAAACAUCACCGCGCCACCACCCAUCAUAAUUGGUGCGUACAGGGCUUGUUUUGUUCGCCGCGUACCAUUUUGCCUGCGUUGUACUGUGCGUGUGUCAUCGGCAGGCAGUGAACUUGUUUGCGUAGCAGCUUCCCGUUGCUUGCAGUUGCGUCGUUGUGUUUGAUGGCGGCCGAAAUAAAACCAGCACCACGGAGUGCUAAUGACCGAUUCAGCACAACGAAAAAGCCAGAAUUGCUCAGCAAACUAGAGGGCAGCAACGAUGACGUGAACGCGGCCGUACUGAUUCCGGGCGAGGACGGUGUUAUCAGUGUUUGUGAUGGCAAAACGAUACGGGUAUGGCAGAAGCGCGAUUCGGGACAGUAUUGGCCGUCGAUCUGUCAGUACAUGCCAUCGGGAUGUACGUCACUGUGCUACACGCCGGAAACGCGAACACUGUUUAUCGGUCAGGAGAAUGGUACAAUAUCGCAGUUUACGCUGUCAGAUGACUGUAACAGGCUAACACCGAUCCGCGAGUAUCUGGCGCACCAGGCACGCAUUACCAGCGUCACGUUUGCCAAACAUGCCGGCUGGAUCCUGUCGGUUGGAAAGGAUAAGUUCUUCGCCUACCAUAGUACGGAAACAGGUGAACGGAUCGGUUGCUACACGUUCGAAGCGAUGUGUACCGCGAUGCAGUAUGAUGCCUUAUCCAAGCAUGUGUUUGUGGGAGAUUACAGUGGACAAAUAACGAUGCUAAAGCUAAGUGGUACCGGUGCGGCAAUGGUAACAACGAUGAAGGGCCACUCCGGCUCGGUACGCUCGCUGUACUGGGCCGAAGGGCCCCAGCUACUGUUCAGUGGAUCCCAGGAUCAGUCCGUUAUCGUGUGGGAUGUUGGUGGCAAGCGUGGCACUAUCUACGAACUACACGGCCACAACAAUAAGGUGUCUUCCCUGUCGUACGCAUCGAACACACAACAGUUAGUAUCGGCCGGCGAAGAUUCGGUGAUCGUGUUUUGGGAAAUGAAUGCCAUGCGCAAGGUAACACCGGAAUGGGUCGAGUCGGACACGUGUCAGCUGUGUACGCGUGCGUUCUUCUGGAAUUUGCGUGCGAUGAUCGAUCAGAAGCAGAUCGGCAUACGGCAGCAUCACUGUCGCUACUGUGGCAAAGCGGUAUGUGACAAAUGUUCGACCAAUCGCAUCAACAUACCGAUUAUGGGAUUCGAGUUCGAUGUGCGCGUCUGCGACCAGUGCCACCAGCGGCUGAAGAGUGAAGAACGACCCUCGUUGGCAACGUUUCACGAUGCCAAACACAGUAUCGUUGGCAUGGAUUUGGACGAACCGCGGAAAAGAUUACUGACCGUCGGGCAAGAUCGUAUCAUCAAGAUUUGGGAUCUUUCCUCCAUCUGGGGUUAGUAGUGUGUUGGACAUGGAAAUUGAAAAUCACAGCUUCGGAAGCGUUAUUAGUGGAAAGGUGACCAACCAACCUGGAAGUGGUAUAAAACAAGUGCGGGACAGAACCGAAUAAUGAUUUACAAAAAUGGCGGUUGUAGAGUGACCGUAACCGGUUAUGAUUUAUUUAUUCCUCUGUGCUGUUAUUUAGCCGGAUUGUGUCCGCCCGUCUGGUUGGCAACACUAUUGUACUGUUCCUUUCCUGUUUGAUUGAGAAUGUUUUUUCCCCCUAUUAUCCUCACAUUGAAAUGUUGUUCGACACUGUUCCAUUUCUUUAUCUACUUCGUUACGAUUCUUGUUGCUUUAUGUUUAAGCUAAAAGAGAUACGUUGUCCAUUGGAAAUGAGUUUUCUUUGUGCGAUUGGUGGUGAUUGUUUUAAAUAGAUCAUAUUUGUCUUCUGAUUUCGCGUGACGACGAACUUAGCUAGUGAUCGAGUUAAGAUCGUUCUUACCUUAAUGUAUACACAAUGUAUGUGUUUCUGUACGAACAAAGCAGAACGCGUCAUUAUUACAGGAACGUAUUUAAUUUCCCCCCAACAUUUGUUUUUGUUGAGCAAUACAAGAGUGCACUUGUAACCAAAAGAAAGGAAAGGAAGAAUGAGUCUGCUUGACGGUAUCGGCGCGUGUAAAUGCCAUGAAAGUCACGCCGGCGAGUGAAGUGUUUCGCGUCUUUCAACGGACCAAAAACCAACGAAUCAAAACCGCUGCUAGCGUUAAAAUUGAAGCGAUUUCCUUCAUUCUGUCCGAUUGAAGGAUGAUGGGACAGAAAGGAAUAAAAUAAUGUGCAAAAAAAACCCCCUUAGACAAGCAGAGCAAAAUCUAGUAAAAACAAAAUUAAACACAGUUUCAAUGCUGUAUAAGAAAAAAAACGGAACAAAAUCAACAAAAAGUGAGUAGAAGGUGAAGUAAUAUUGUCGGUGCUUUUAAUGUUUCUGUAUGUAGGCCAUCGUUGAGAAGUGUGGGACAAAUAUUUGGGAACAAACUGGUGAUGAAAAUUCCCGACCCGACCUAUACUGGACGUCGUGCCCGACACGGGGCCGAAUAGUUUAGCAUUGUACACUGAAUUGAACAAAUUGAACCGUAACCGUAGAUGGAACCGGUACAGCUGAACCAUACCGAUUUGCGGCAAACCGAAUGCAAACUCUGUACAUUAUAAUCGUAAUAAUAAUUCGCAAAUAGAAGAGAUAUAUUGUUAAAUUUAAUAAUAAAAUUAAUCACUAAAUAAACAAGCUCGAAACAA